AUGCCGAGAUAUGCGAAGUUCUUAAAAGAGAUCCUUAGCAACAAAAGGAAGUUUAAGGACUUAUUCGUGACGUUAAAUGAGGAAUGUUCGGCGAUUUUCCAGAACAAGUUACCGGAAAAGAAACAUAAUCCAAGGAGUUUUACUAUCCCUUAUGUUAUAGGUGACUUAACUAUUAGUGAUGCUUUAGCUGAUUUAGGAGCUAGCAUUAAUGUAAUGCCGUACAACCUGUUUGCUAAGUUGGGGCUGGGAGAGACAGAACUUACUAGGAUGAGUAUAGAACUAGCUGAUAGGUUAGUCAAGCACCCUAGGGGUAUUGUAGAGAAUGUGCUUGUUAAGGUGGAUAAAUUCAUAUUUCCUGUUGAUUUUGUGAUCUUAGACGUGGAUGGUAAGAGUAGUGUACCUUUGAUUCUAGGUAGACCUUUCCUUACAACAUCUAGGGCAAUUAUAGAUGUUUGUGAUGGAAAGCUUGAACUUAGGGUAGAGGAUGAGACUGUCACCUUUGACUUGAAUAAUUCUAUGAAACAGUCUUUAGAUCAUGAUGAUGCUGUGUAUUCUAAUAAUAUAAUUGAUAAUGUUGUUGAGACAUAG